AUCAUCAUCGCACUCGGCAACAGCCGCUUCAGCAGCAGCAGAGAGGCGGCGUCCAUCCGCAGCGUGGAGAGCAAAUAAGCAGCACGCAUCUUCAAGAGGCGCUCGACUCGAAGAGGAAGAUGGGGAAAUGGCAGUUGGCCAAAUGUAAGGAUCAAGAGAUUAAACAAGGUCUUGAUUUAUGAUACAACCCCGGGUGUAUGCAUCAAUAGGAACUAUUCGAACAACAAGAGACUAUACCCCAUCCGAAGCAUAAGGAAACAUGGAUGUAUCUUCAUCCUCGUUGCAGUAUGGAUCAAAAAAGCGGGUAAAAAUUCACCCGAACACAGUGACAGUGAAAUAUGCCACUCACUGCCCCCAGCCGGGCGAUGAAGGGUAUGAUGAUGCACCCUCUUUUGAGGAGUUUGGCGCCUUCGCCGAGUCUAAUGUGGGAAAGAGACUGGUGUCGGACAGCAAAGGUAGCAGGACUUUGUUUGGAACCUUGGAGACCCAGCCGAAGCAGCCGAGUGUGCAAAAAGACAAGGGGGUUGGGGGCCAGCUGGCCAGCUUCGGAGAGGCGAAUGUGCUGGCCUCCAGGGUGACGUGGAUGGCCUUGUUCGGGGCUGCAAUGGCUCAUGGCUGCGUGGCACUCAUUACUCGUUUAGCAGCUGACCGCUCUAAAGUGCCCUCCCUCGAGCUUCUCUUCAUCCGCUCCGUCAUCCAGUUGUUGUCUAUCCUGGUGGUCUUCUACUACCACGAGGCCCCCUUUGGCCCUAAGGGCUACCGGCUGCGUCUCUUCUUCUACGGCGUGUGCAAUGUGAUCUCUAUCACCUGCGCCUACACCUCUUUUGCUAUCGUACCACCCAGUAACGGCACCCUCAUGUGGCGUGCCUCUACCACCGUCUUCAGUGCAAUACUGGCCUUCCUGUUGCUGGACGAGCGGCUGGGCUACACAGACGUGGUCACAGUGGUGGGAAGCGUGUUCGGUCUAUGCCUGGUCAUGGUGCCCAAUGUGGCAGGCGAGGAGAAGUCCAGGCUGGGGUUUUGGAAGGAGGCCUUUGGCUACACAAUGACAGUGAUGGCUGGUUUGACCGGCGCCCUCUCCAUGAUCGUAUAUCGAGCCAUUAAGGAGCGGGUCAGCAUGUGGACGGCACUCUUUACCUUCGGCUGGACGGGCACGGUUUGGGGUGCCUCCACCAUGUUUGUCAUGCAGCAGCCCAUCAUUCCUCUGGAUGGAGAGACCUGGGGCUAUUUAAUUGGGAUCUGCAUCUGCUCCACCGUGGCGUUCCUCGGAGUCUACUACGCUCUAAACAAGUUUCAUCCAGCCUUAGUUAGUACAGUGCAGCACCUGGAGAUCGUGGUGGCCAUGUCCCUCCAGCUCAUUGUUCUGAGGAUGGUCCCGUCGGUCUACGACAUCAUCGGAGGCCUGGUCAUCGUGGUCAGCGUGUUCACCCUGACGGGAGUCAAGCUGUACAGGGUGAGCAGGGCCAUUCGACAGGAUUAUCAAGAGAUCCUAGACUCACCAAUCAAAUGAGUUUUGAUAUGUCAGUGUAUUUGUUUACAAUGUUGCUUGGUUGUGCAAUUUAAAGAAUGUCUGGAUCUUCAUCUAAUGAUGUUGUAUUGCUGUGUUGUUGGAAGGGUGCCAGUUGUGUAACUAAUGUCUUAAUAUGUGUGUGUGAAAUAAAAGACAAAUGUAAGAUGGUGA